UCUUAGUUCGACUGUCCGAAGCCAAGCGGCCGCGUAAAAUUUGCAAAAUUUAGCAACUUUUAAACAAAUAAUUAAACAGACAAGUUUAUUACGCAAUAAUAAUCGAAAGAUAUAUGUGCGGUGGUUCUUUAAUACGAAUACAAUGACAGAAAUGAGUGUAAACGAGCUCCGUUGGCAUUCAAAGGCAGUCCAUAUGACAAAAACAACAGAUCAGCUUGUGACUGUCAUCGACAGUCCUUCAGCUACAACAAUUGCAACGACGCCAGCGAUUGCUAACAUGAUUGUGACGCCCAAAUCCAGGGCUGCAGAAAGCAUAGCUGCAAGUCCCAAAUUAAUUGAUCCCGACAUAGCAGCCAAACGAGAUCCACAUCUAAACCAACUGCAGCGUGAUCUCAAUAGUCCUAGCGCCGCAUUACGCAUGCGCGCCAUAAGUGCGCUCAAAAAAUCUACCAAAAGUACCUACAACAAUUUCGAUGUGCCGCAUGCUGAGAUUAGCAUUAUAGCGGCAGAAGAGCGAAAUCCGCAGCCACCGCCAACGCUCUCAGAGAUUUUAAAGGAUGUCAUUGUCUACGUUGAGGUACGCACUGGCAAUGAUAAUCGCUCCGAGGGAGUUAAGAACAUCAUAUCAAAACUAGGCGCCCAGACCAACGAUCGUCUGUUGCGCAAUACCACUCAUGUGGUCUUUAAGGAUGGCCUCUUGUCCACCUAUAAGCGUGCUCAAAGCUGGAAUAUACCAAUUGUUUCCAUCUUAUGGAUUGAGGCUUGUAAGGUGCAACGCCGUCUAUGUGAUCCCAAACAGUUUCCCAUUAGCAAUAUUCACAUGUAUGAAUUCCCAGAACUCUAUGGCAAAUUGUCGCGCGUACGGUGCAUGCAACCAGAUUCAGAGCUCAAGAAACGCAAACGACCUGGAACGCCCACUAGCAGCAAGGAUAGAAAUAAUCUAACGCCCAAGUCUGUAACAAAGCCCAUAUCACCAACCAAUCCACAGACUCCCAUAACGCGAUUUUUUAAGACUCUCAGCCAAACCAAGCAGCAGCAGGAGGACGUGGGUGCAGAAUCGCCGGCUACUAAUCUACUUAAUAGAAUAAACAGCGGCUGCUUUACGCCAUUUAAGGUGCAGAACCAAAUGGACACACAAACUCCGACGGACAAAGAGAAUAAAAUUGUUGCCAACAAUAAAGACGCAACUCAGAAAGAGUUGUUCCCGUGUCAGGAGAAAAGUGUGGGCAGAAUUAAAAGACGAAGCGCUUCGGUGACUGUGGAUUCCACUCAAGAGCGAUCUCGGCCGCUGCGAGAAAUUCGCCGCAGCAGUUUGGCUUUUGAUUCCACAACACCUGUUGUAGCUGAAACACUGUCAACGGUACCUCGUCUGACACGGCGGCGCAGCCAAUUAAAAAGCACAGAGAAAGCUAACACAGAGGAGAAGGAGUCAGACACAUCAUCAGCAUCAGCAUCAUCAUCAGCAUCAGCAGCAGCAGCAGUAUCAGUAUCAGUAGUCGUGGCUAAAACAGUAGUUGAGCCACGAGCUAAACGUCGUUGUAGCCUGCAACUGUCAGAUACUAAAACAAAUUUACAAGAAAAAACUCGCAAUCAACGUCGGCGCAGCGCCUCCCACAAUUCCUCUUUCAAGUCGGACACACCGACUGCGGCUAAGAAUCCACCUACAUUUGAAGCCAUAACCGAGGAGCCACAAUCCAUUGCAGAGUCAACGCCGCCGGCUAAUAAAACCAACUAUGUUCAAGAGACAAUGGAAAUAAGCUCAAGCCGCGCGACAAUUAUUGGACGAGCCACUGAACGUCGUACUGUAUAUACCGUAGAGCAAAUGCAGAUAAGUGAUUUUAAUAAUGAAAACUUAAAUCCUCGGCUGAGCGACAUCAAUUUAAAAUCGCCCAUGAAUGUAACGACACAAACAUCGCUGGACAGCAUCGAUGAGCAUACUCCUGUGCCGGUGUUUAAUUCCACUCGCUUGCCGCGCAGCGAGACGAGGUCGUCCUCAAAUCGUCGGCGUACUCUGUUCAAUGUCGACAUGGAUCACAUUAAUGAACGCAUCAAUUCCAUUAAUUCGAAAUCGCAGCGGCGUUCGCUGGCAUUGGCCAAUCAGGCGGAGCUGGGCGAGAGUUGUUUACUCACUCCACCACCACCGCCGCUUACAGCACAACCACUGCAGGCAGUGGCGUUCAAUGCGGGUGCAACCCCUAAGGAACUGAAAUCCACGGAGCCCAAGAUGCGUCGACUUUUCACGCCCAAUGAAUCUAUUCCCAUAUCAUCAUCGUCAUCCAGCAGCAAAUCACGUCCAAGCACGAAUAGUAGUAACGCCUCCACUCACACAGUGAAAAGGCGACAAACGGCGUCAGCCCUGAAGCCAACUAUAUCAGAAGGCCCCAAUUACGUAACAUGUGAUAGUACUGAGAGCAAGGAGGGAUUUGUUACGCCCUUUGAUUCGGAUACAUCCGAGUCGCAUGGAGAUUGUCUGAAGCCUACACCUAAGCAUCGAGUCAUACAUACGCUAGUGCAUACGAAUAUGCAUAAGGAGCAGGUGCAAAUCAUCCAUAAGGCCAUACGCAAGCUGCGUGGCAUGCGUCUGGAUCCCACAGUGACCAAGCGAACGACCCAUUUGGUUAGUCUGGAGCCAAGGAGAACAUUGAAUCUAUUACGUGGUUUGAUGCGAGGCGUUUGGAUUGUUAACUUCAAAUGGAUACUCGAAUCGGUUCGUGUUGGCAAGUGGGUGAGCGAAGAACAUUAUGAACUGAACUCAUUUUCACGUGCCGUUGAGAUUUGCCGCACGGAACGUCAAGCCUUUGGCGUAUCCUAUCGCUGCGAACUGUUUCGUUUUAUGGAGACCUUCUAUGUCUCCUCGCUCUGUCGACCCAUCACAUUUAACAAUAUCAAGGAGCUGUUGCUGUUGGGCGGUGCCAAGUUAACCGAGAAUCGCUACAAGGCCAAAUUCAUUGUGGGCGACAAGAGACGCGCCGAGGAUGAUCGCGUCUACCUGUCGCCACUUUGGGUCCUGGAUAGCAUAACGGCAAUGCAGGUGCAAAAGUUUGGCAAGUAUCUGAUGAAAUGUGCCAUUGUAACACCGAACGGCAUACGUUACGAAGAUCCGCGCCAGGAACCGGAAGACCCACCGCAGCAGCAGGACCAAAUACGGAGGGACCAAAAAAUUUGUUAUAAGGACCCAGCUCUAGUGAUUAGUAAAUAGCAGGCAAUGAAUAAGUGAAAAAGAAUCUAGCGUUACAUGUUCUAGUUGACCACAUACACAAUUUUAUACUUUUAGGGU